UGCACACUAGGCGACCCGCAACGCAAACCGGCGGUCGGCAAUGGCCGCGGCGAUGGAUGUGGACUCCCCGAGCGGAGCCAACAGUGGCUCAAGCAAAAAGCGCUUUGAAGUUAAGAAGUGGAACGCCGUGGCGCUCUGGGCCUGGGACAUCGUCGUUGACAACUGUGCCAUUUGCCGGAACCACAUCAUGGACCUCUGCAUUGAGUGUCAAGCCAAUCAAGCCUCAGCCACAAGUGAGGAAUGCACCGUAGCGUGGGGAGUGUGCAAUCAUGCUUUUCAUUUCCACUGCAUCUCUCGCUGGCUGAAAACCAGGCAAGUGUGUCCACUGGACAACAGAGAAUGGGAGUUUCAGAAGUAUGGGCACUAGAUGUGGAAGACUGGACUCUGUUCUUCCCCUGGAGUUCAAUAACUUGGGAACCUUCCUGUAUCUUAUUUAUUUACACACAGAUGGUCUUCAUUUUUAGAGCAACUGUGCUCAUAUGGGGGUGGGUACUACUUUCAUUCUAUGGUUUAUUUCAAAAAUGUAAUAUUUGUAGUCAUUGCAAAAUAUGAAUAAGUGUUACUUUGUGCCCAUAAUUUACAAGACAAUUUUGAAUGAAAUUAGAGAAAGGUCUUAUACAGAGAUUAGGUGCAGGUUCUCUAAGGAAACCUUUUUUUUAUAAUUGAAGCAACAUCAGAUCAAAGUAGAAAAUUGGAAUAAAUUAUGGCACGUUAUUUAAACUGAUACUGAACUACAAUGUAGACUUUAAAGGUUGUUUUUUCAGCUGUGUAAAUCAAUAUAAGUGGCUUAACAUUCUAAGUUGCUUUAGGGGGAAAAUCAGCUUAAUGAAUAAAUGUGAUUUCUGAAAGUUGUAGUAAAACUGGUUUUCUGAACCCACCCGUCCAAACAUUAACUAUAAUGACCCAGAGAGAGUGUGU